AUGGCUGAAGAGCUGAAACCCUAUAGAUACCUCGUCGACGGAAUGUCUGGAGACUUGAAGACCUACCGUGGCAGCUGCCACUGCGGCGCCUAUGUCUAUGAAGCCAAGAUGCCCCACGUCUUCAAGGUGCUCGAGUGCAACUGCAGUUCGUGCUAUAAGAAGGGCGCUUUGUGGGUUGUUCCUGAGCCGGGAAACAUUCGCUUCGUCAAAGGCGACCAUAAUACCCUGGCAAAUUAUACCUUCGGAGAGAAAACCAUUAACCAUAAGUUCUGCCCCAACUGUGGAGUUCAGCUUUUGUUUGUCGGAGACGCCACGCUUCCAAAGCCCGGUGAGGAACCUCGGAUGGGAGCCAAUGUUCGAUCGUUUCAGCAUGGUCAAGGUGUCGACGUAUGGAAUAUACUAAAGUUCUAUGCGGAUAACAAAGAGUUCAGGGGCCCUUAUAAGACGCCUAAGUUCACAGGACCAGAGCCGAAAGCUGUGAUAGAAGGCGGGAAGGUGUACACUGGUAGUUGCCAUUGCGGCGCAGUCAAAGUGGCAUUGAAAACAAAACCUCUCGAUAAGACUUCCACGGAAACCAUUAUGGAAUGUAACUGCAGUAUAUGUAACAGGAUGGGUUACGUAUGGCUCUAUCCUCAGAAAGAUCAGGUCGAGAUUGAAGGCGAAGAAAAUCUCGCGUACUAUAAAUUUGGUACUGAGCUGGCCGAGAAGUCUUUCUGUAAAACAUGUGGAAUAUCGAUUCACAACAACAUACCACCAAUCUCCGAGGAGGAGCUCAACAAGCUACCCGAAGGCGUGCGGGAGUUCAUCAAGGGAGGGUUGUCGUUAACACCGAUUAACCUGAGGGUCUUCAACGAUUUGGAUGUCGGGAACUUAAACGUGAAACAGGUUGAUGGCUACAAUCGUCCGCCGCUCUACGUCGAGCCAUGA